CCAAAAUGCCUCCUCGACGCCUCACCAAGCUCUUCUUCCACCAUUUCCGACCUCUCUGCACCUCCACCACCACUUCCUCCCGGUCUCCCAUCGACCCGGCCCUUCUCCUCCGCCUCUGCACCAUCUUAUACCAGCAGCAAGACGCCCCCGACCCCAGAUUCCACUCCCACCUCCAAAAGCUCCACCUUUCCCCCUCCCACGAGCUCUUCCUCCAGGUCUGCAACCGCUUCCCCUACUCCUGGAAGCCCGUCCACCGCUUCCACCACUUCCUCCUCCACUCCUACUCCUUCUCCCACUCCCCCGUCACCGCCAACAAGCUCCUCGACGUCCUCGCCAAGGCCCGCAACAUCCGCCUCCUCUGGUCCUUCCUCCACGACAUCCUCGCCGCCCGCCUCUUCACCCCCCGCACCCUCCACCUCGCCGCCCGCUCCCUCGCCGAGGCCCGCGAGAUCAAGAAGUGCGCCGAGCUCUUCCACCUCAUCCACUCCUAUAACUACCAUUCCCUCUACAACGUCGACACCCUGAAUCAAGUCAUCGAAACCCUCUGCGCAAGGAGGAUGGUGGAUGUUGCUAAGGCCGUGGUCGCAAAGUUGGCACCUUUCAUCGCGCCGGAUGUCGCCACCUAUCGACUUCUGGUGGUUGGGUUCUGCAAAGCUGGGGACUUGGUGGAGUCUUCCAAGCUCUGGAACAAGAUGCUCGAGGCGGGGCUCGAGCCGGACGUGGAAUCGUACGAGGAGAUCGUGGUGACCCUGUUCAAGAAUAACCGGUUCGAGGAUGCCAUGAGGAUGUUCAAUUCCAUGAGGGACCGGAGGUUUUCCGAUCUUGGGCUGCCUUCUUAUCGAGUGGUGAUCGCUUGGAUGUGCAAAGAAGGGAGGAUUUUGCAUGCUCACAUGUUGUUCGGCGAAAUGGUGAAGAGAGGGGUUGGGGUGGAAGACAGUGCCACAUUGGGGGCUCUGGUGUACGGGCUUUUGGUUAGAAGAAGAGUAAGAGAGGGGUAUCGAGUUUUUGAAGGGGUUAGAGAGCCAGAUAUAAGCUUAUACCAUGGUUUAAUUAAGGGUUUGUUGAGGCUAAGGAAAGCAGCGGAGGCAACUGAGGUGUUCAGGGAGAUGAUAAAGAGAGGGGUGGAGCCUAUAAUGCACACAUACAUUAUGCUGCUCCAGGGGCAUUUGGGGAAGAGGGGGAGGAAGGGGAGGGACCCAUUAGUGAACUUCGAGAGCAUCUUUGUGGGUGGAUUGGUGAACGUUGGGAGGACAUUGGAGGCCACCAAGUUUGUGGAGAGGAUGAUGUGGGGUGGGGUGGAGGUGCCAAGGUUUGAUUAUAAUAAGUUCUUGCAUUGGUUCUCCAAUGAGGAGGGAGUGGCCAUGUUUGAAGAGGUGGGAAAGAGGUUGAGGGAUGUGGGGUUGGUGGAUCUUGGAGAUAUUUUCUUGAGAUAUGGAGAGAGGAUGGCCACCAGGGAUAGGAGGAGAAAAGCAAUGAAUGGAUUGAUUGAAGCUUAAAAGAUAAUACCGUAUAUUUUAUGAUAUGUCAUCGAUAUGAUGGUGAUAUCACAAUCUAAUUGAUGUUAUGUUUA